AUGUCAAUACCAGCAGCAGUAAAACAACGCAAGGUAGAAAUUCGACAUUCAGCGCUGGCCGCAGAAGAAAUAGCAACGUUUUAUUCCAACCAUCCUCACGGCGACUUGGUUGCAUCGGCCAUCAGUCUGAUGCGACGGAUGAAGUCUCUUAAAGAACCGACUUCUGUUAUACUCCCCGAAUUCAACAGAGUCCUCUCCAAAAUCGAGCCAGAGAUAUGGCGGUAUCGGUCCCCUGACUCACCAGAAUAUAAGUUCUGGGUCGAAUUGGUUGAUUUGAAGAUUAGGGUUAUCGAAUUGAAAGACAAAUAUGUGAAAGAGAUGGAGCAAGGACACAUUGAGGGUCACACGCCAACAAAGGUUACUGCAGAGGAAACAACAAAAAGGAGAUGGGGAUUCUUGAAGAAAACUUCAAAAGUUAAAAGCAAAUCGGAUUGCGGAGACGAAAAAAGAACUUCAUUACUUCGAUUGAAGGAUAUUUUUAUUCGAAAUAGGCGGCCUUCUACUGGCAAGAACUCAUUCAAUGGAUUUAUACAUCGGUUUACAUUCUAA